UGUCAUUCCGGCGUUAUACUCGGUGAAGGUUGGACGUGUGCGUGCACUGGAUGUAGUGGUGAGCCAGUGCAACAGAGAUAGCAAGCAGAGUGAUUACUACAUGUGGCGACGAGCGUAAAGGUCGCGCAAAACGAUUAAUCAUGGCAAACCAGCUACCACCACCUGAAAAAUUAGACAUCGAGGGCAACAGUACGUCAGCCGGUUUGAGAUGGGAGAAAUGGAAACGCUCCCUGCAAAUCUAUCUGGAAGCCACUGAUAUCACGGUUCCAGCUAAAAAAAGAGCUAUAUUACUAGUCCUAGGCGGAAGUUCACUGCAGGAAAUAUUUUAUAAUUUGCCUGGAGCAGAUAUAGAAGCUGGAGAAAAUGUUGAUAUUUUUAAAGUAGCCAUUAGCAAACUAGAUGAGUACUUCCUUCCAAAACAAAACAAGACUUUUGAACGGCAUAUUUUCCGCCUUACUAAACAAGAUGAAGGAGAAAGUUUUGAAAAAUUUCUUAUUAAGUUAAGAGAUCAGGCUGCAAAAUGUAAGUUCGAAAAACCAGAAGAGCAUAUAAUCGACCAAAUACUAGAAAAAUCUUUAUCAUCAGAAUUAAGAAGGAAAAUGUUAACAAUGGGUGAAGAAAUUACAUUAGACAAAGUGAUUACUGUAGCCAACACACUAGAAAUUGUAAACUACCAAUUGGAGUGUUACGAACAAAAAGAAAAGAAUAACACAAAUGAAGUAAAUACAAUAAAAAUUAAUAACACGAAUAAUUCAAGAUGGACUAGACAAGAGAAAGAGUUGAAUGAAGAGAUAAAGACGUCAAAGUGUACAAGAUGUGGGAGUUCUGCACACGUCUCUCAAAACCUUCCUUGCCCAGCGAAAGACAAAAAAUGUAACGGCUGUGGAAAAUUAGGUCAUUACCAAAAAUGUUGCAAAACGAAAUCAGUCCAUCGGAAACGUAAACAUGCACAAAAUCAAGAAAAAGAAUAUAACUAUAACAAGCGACAGCGAAAAGAAACUACAGUGAAUUCUGUGGAAAAUGAAGAAAUACAAUAUAUAUUUAAUUUGAACGACGACGCAACAAUCAAAUGCGAGAUAGGUGGUGUAAAAUUAGACAUGUUAAUUGAUUCAGGAUGUAAAUUAAAUUUAAUAUCAAAUAAAACCUGGAAACUAUUGAAGGAAAAUAAAAUAAUCUGCGACAAACAGGUAAAAAAGCCAAAUAAGAUAUUAUUAGCAUAUGGAAGUAAGACACCUCUACAAAUUGAAGGUUCUUUUGAAGCAGUAAUAAAAGCGAACAGCAAAACUGAACGCGCUACUAUUUAUGUCAUUGAAGAUGGAACACGGAACCUCCUUGGUAAAGACACUGCAUUACGAUUGGGUGUAUUGAAACUAGGCGAGGAUGUAAAUCAGGAUAAACAGUUUUCAAAACAAUCCUUUCCAAAAUUUAAAGGUAUUUUAAUUGAGAUUCCUAUUGAUCCAACAGUGAAACCAGUCAUGCAACCCUACCGGAGAACACCAAUACCGUUAGAGGAAAAGAUAAAUAUGAAAAUCAAAGAAUUACUAGAUUUAGAUAUAAUAGAAGAGGUUCAUGCACCUUCAUCAUGGGUUUCUCCUAUUGUUCCUAUCCUUAAGGAUGAUGGCGAUGUACGCUUAUGUGUUGAUAUGCGACGUGCUAACUCAGCCAUUUUAAGAGAAAACCAUCCAUUACCUUGUAUGGAAAGUUUACUACCAAGAAUAAAUAAAGCAAAAUAUUUUUCGAAACUUGAUAUAAAAAACGCAUUUCAUCAAGUAGAAAUUCACCCAAAAUCAAGAGAUGUGACUACUUUUAUAACGUCAAAUGGCCUUUAUAGAUAUAAAAGGCUUAUGUUUGGAAUUACAUGCGCUCCAGAACUCUUUCAAAAAAUUAUGGAGAAAAUGCUUAUUAAAUGCGAAGGGGUUACAAACUUUAUUGAUGAUAUAUUAAUCUGGGGUAGAAACGAGAGAGAACACGACUUACGACUUGCCAAAGUAAUGGAUGUAUUGGAGCAAAAUGAUGUAUUGUUAAACGAAAAGAAAUGUAUUUAUAAAGUACAGACAAUAAACUUUUUGGGACAUGAACUAAAACUGGAAGGAGUAAAACCGCUGCCGAAAUAUAUAAAGAGCAUAUCCGAAUUUAGAGUGCCAAGAACUAUAGAAGAGUUGCAAAGUUUUUUAGGUUUAGUUAAUUACAUAAAUAAAUGGAUUCCAAAUUUAGCCACGACGACAGAACCACUGAAACAAUUACUAAGACUGAAACUAGGACAUAAAGCAAACAUAGAAAAAUACUGGAAGAAAAACCAAAAUGAAGCAUUUAAAAAAUUGAAAGAAAUACUAUCUAAAAUAGAAACUUUAGGAUAUUAUGACGUAAAUGACAGGACGCAAGUCAUAGCAGAUGCAAGUCCUGUAGGACUUGGCGCAGUCUUAGUACAGAUUGAUAGUAAACGACCAAGAAUUAUUGCUUACGGAAAUCGAACACUAAGUCAAUGUGAAAGAAAAUAUAGUCAAACAGAAAAAGAAGCUCUUGCCCUUAUAUGGGCUAUCGAACAUUUUAACAUAUUUCUAUUCGGUAAAGAAUUUGAUUUGAUAACGGAUCACAAGCCACUAGAAUUUUUGUUUAGUCCAAAAUCAAAGCCAUGCGCCCGUGUUGAGAGAUGGGUUUUGCGACUUCAGGCGUAUCGCUAUAAUGUUAAAUAUAAACCGGGAAAAGCCAAUAUUGCGGACCCAUUAUCCCGGCUAUGUAAGUACACAGAUAAGACAACUCAAUCGUCCGAGGAUAAUUAUGUUCAUCAGAUAGUUGAACUUGCGAGGCCUUGUGCAAUCUCCAUGCAACAAAUAAUAAAGGAAUCGGCAACCGACCAAGAAAUCACAAAUGUUAAAAAUGGAAUUUAUAGCAACCAGUGGGACGAGUCUGUGAAAUCAUAUAAAAUAUUUUCGGACGAACUGUGUUUCUAUGAGAAUAUACUUUUGAGAGGAAACAAGAUAGUUAUUCCUGAGAGGCUCAGAAAACAGGUUUUAUUAGCAGCCCAUGAAGGCCAUCCAGGAAUUGUUGCCAUGAAGGGUCGGCUUCGUUCAAAGGUUUGGUGGCCCCGGAUCGAUAAGGACAGCGAACAAAUGGUAAAAAGCUGCAAAGGAUGCACCCUCGUAAGUUUACCAAAUCCUCCAGCACCAAUGAAACGCCGAGAACUUCCAUCUGAACCUUGGGUUGAAAUAGCGAUGGAUCUGUUGGGUCCCUUGCCUAAUAACGACUACAUUCUAGUCAUUAUUGACUAUUACAGUCGCUAUAAAGAAAUUAAGAUCACUAAGACCAUAACAAGCGUGACAAUUAUUAAAAUUUUAAAAGAACUCUUUAGUCGACUGGGCUAUCCUAUGUCGAUCACUGCUGAUAACGGCCGACAAUUUGUAAGUGAAGAAUUUAAAGAUUUUUGUCGAGAGUGUAAUAUUAAGCUUUUUAAUACCGUACCGUAUUGGCCACAAAUGAAUGGUGAGGUGGAGCGUCAAAACAGAGACAUAAUAAAACGACUAAAAAUAAAUUCGAGUGAAAAACAAGAGAUGAGAGAAGCUCUAUAUGAAUAUCUAAUGAUGUAUAACUCCACUCCUCAUUCUGUUACGGGAAAGACGCCGUCAGAACUGUUUUUCAAAAGAAUGAACAGGGAUAAAAUUCCCAUGAUGAAAGAUAUAUACGAAAUGGAUAAUGACACCGAAGUUAGAGACCGAGACGAAAUGCAAAAGGAAAAAGGAAAGGAGUAUGGAGACCGGAAAAGAAGAGCGGGAAACACUGACCUGACGGAAGGUGACAAGGUAUACGUCAAGGAAAUGGAAAAGAAAAAUAAGCUCUCAACUAUUUUCAACCCUACACCACAUGUAGUGGAAAAAUCAGUAGGAGGGGAUGUUACAAUAAGAAACGAGGAAACUGGCCAGAGGCUACGAAGGAAUGUGGUGCACCUAAAGCGUGUGGAAGGUCAGUGGGAAUCAGUAGAAGAUGAAGCUAAUAAAAAAUGAAGAUCAGAAAAGCAAAGAGAA